AUGUUCUCUCGAUCUGCUCAACCUGCCCGAACCCUGCUUCGCGGCGCUCCCUCGGCUGCUCGCUCAAUCCCUACUCGAUCCUUCGCGACCGUUCAGUCCGAUAUCUUCAAGCCCACUAAGUACGGUGGAAAGUACACCGUCACUCUUAUUCCCGGUGACGGUAUUGGUGCUGAGGUUGCCGAGUCGGUCAAGACCAUCUUCAAGGCUGACAAUGUUCCCAUUGAGUGGGAGCAGGUUGAUGUGAGUGGUGUUGACACUGGCAACAAGCACUCUGAGGAGUUGUUCAAGGAGUCCAUCGCUUCCCUCAAGCGCAACAAGCUGGGUCUUAAGGGUAUUCUCCACACCCCGGUGGAGCGCUCCGGUCACCAGUCGUUCAACGUCGCUCUCCGCCAGGAGCUGGACAUCUACGCCUCUAUCUCUCUGAUCAAGAACAUCCCCGGUUACGAGACCCGCCACAAGAAUGUCGACCUUUGCAUCAUCCGUGAGAACACCGAGGGUGAGUACUCUGGUCUGGAGCACCAGUCCGUUCAGGGUGUUGUCGAGUCCCUCAAGAUCAUCACCCGUGCCAAGUCCGAGCGCAUUGCCAAGUUCGCCUUCAGCUUCGCCCUCGCCAACAACCGCAAGAAGGUUACCUGCAUUCACAAGGCCAACAUCAUGAAGCUGGCCGAUGGUCUCUUCCGCAGCACUUUCCACAAGGUCGCCGAGAACUACCCUACCCUCGAGGUUAACGACAUGAUUGUCGACAACGCCUCCAUGCAGGCUGUCUCCCGUCCCCAGCAGUUCGAUGUUAUGGUUAUGCCUAACCUUUACGGUGGUAUCCUUUCCAACGUCGGUGCUGCCCUUGUUGGUGGUCCCGGUGUUGUUCCCGGUUGCAACAUGGGUCGUGAUGUUGCUGUCUUCGAGCCCGGUUGCCGUCACGUCGGUCUCGACAUUAAGGGUAAGGACCAGGCCAACCCCAGUGCCUUGAUCCUGUCCGGUUCCAUGCUUCUGCGUCACCUUGGUCUGGAUGACCACGCCAACCGUAUCUCCAAGGCUGUUUACGAUGUUAUUGGUGAGGGUCAGACUCGCACUCGCGACAUGGGUGGUCAGGCUACCACUCACGAAUUCACCCGUGCUGUCCUGGACAAGAUGGAGGCUGCUCUGUAA